GUUGAAUGAAGUUGGCAACACGGUCAACGCGAGUGUAGACAAAUAGAAGAGAGAGAAGUGGAAAACAUAAAAGUAAAAAUUUACCAAUUAUUGAAAUCAGAAUUGUUGGAAAAAGAAGAAUUUAAAGAGAACAAUGGUUCAGAGUCGAAAUUCGACUAGAAAAGAUGAUGAUGUAACUGUAAAGAAGGAGCGUGGAAGAACAAGAGAAAGAAAGAAAAGAAGUGUAUCAUCUAGUUCUACUGGAAGCAGUAGUGGAAGUUCAUCUCGAAGCCGUUCCAGUUCUUCGUCGGGAUCUAGCAGCAGCAGUUCCGCGAGUGGAAGUUCUUCAUCUAGCAGCACUACAAGUCGAGCCCGAUCGCGUUCCAGUUCUUCUUCUUCGUCAUCUUCGUCGUCAAGAUCGUCUUCGGUUUCUCCUCGUCGACGUACUACCGUCAGAGAUAAAAGAAAGCCAUCUGGAUCGGUUUCUCCCAGAAGAAGAAAGCGAAGCCCUACGCCUCGCCCGACAAAGAUCCACGUGGGUCGCCUAACAAGAAACGUUACACGAGAUCAUAUAUUUGAAAUAUUCAGCACUUAUGGAGUUGUCAAAAAUGUUGAUAUUCCUCCAGAUCGCAUUCACACACAUUUGUCAAGAGGUUUUGCUUAUAUUGAAUUUGACAAUUCUGAUGAUGCUGAAAAAGCUAUGAAACACAUGGAUGGAGGGCAAAUUGAUGGUCAAGAAGUAACGGCUGCUCCCGUUCUUGUACCAAAAUCUAGACCACCUCUACCCAGACGACCGUCGCCGCCGCCACGUCGUCUUCCUCCACCACCUUGGCGUUCUAGACCAAGAGAACGUGACCGAAGAAGUUUUCAUCAUUUUGGAAGAUCUCCCCCGAGGCGCAGAUCGCCCAGAAGACACUCAAGAUCCCGUUCGAGGACAAGAUCACCCAUUCGCAGGAGGAGAGACGACCGCUCCAGUUCCAGUUCCUCUCGUUGAAUUGCAACAAAAGAAAGUACAUAAUUGGAGCAACCCCAUGGAUUUCCAAAGAAGCAUAACUUCUUGGCAAAAUAGUAUUUUAUUUGCCACAAUAAAUGUUUGUAAUAGAUAAAAUAUUUUCCAAUGCAACAGAAUUCUCAUUUUUUAAACCACAUGUCUUUAAUAAUUAAUCUGAAAUUUAUCAUCAUUUGAAAUAAA